AUGGCUUUCCAAGAGGAUGGGAACCACACAACAGUGACAGAGUUCAUUUUAUUGGGCUUAACAGAUGACCCAGUCCUUAGAAUUGUCCUCUUCACCAUCAUCCUCUGCAUCUACCUGGUGACUGUGUCUGGGAACCUCAGCACCAUCCUUCUCAUCAGAGUCUCGUCUCAGCUCCAUCACCCCAUGUACUUUUUUCUCAGUCACUUGGGUUCUGCUGAUAUAGGCUACUCAUCUUCUGUCACACCUAAUAUGCUUGUUAACUUCCUGGUGGAGAAAAAUACCAUUACCACCCUAGGGUGUGGCAUCCAGCUUGGUUCAGGUGCUUUCUUUGGGACAGUUGAGUGCUUUGUUCUAGCUGCCAUGGCUUAUGAUCGCUUUGUGGCAAUCUGUAGUCCACUGCUUUAUUCAACCAAAAUGUCAACACAAGUCUGUGUCCAGUUGCUUGUAGUAGCAUACAUAAGUGGUUUUCUGAAUGCUUCCUCCUUCACCCUUUCAUUUUUUUCUUUCUUCUUUUGUGGACCAAAUAGAAUCAAUCAUUUUUUUUGUGAUUUUACUCCUUUAGUUGAGCUCUCCUGUUCUGAGGACAGUGUCUUUAUUGUUCUUGUCACAAUUUCUAGUGGUACUGUCAUUGUGAUCACAGUGCUUAUCAUAGCUGUCUCCUAUAUCUAUAUCCUCAUCACCAUUCUGAAGAUGCGCUCCACUGGGAGCCGCCACAAGGCCUUCUCCACCUGCACCUCCCACCUCACAGCAGUCACUCUGUUCUAUGGUACUGUCACGCUCAUCUACCUGAUGCCCAAGUCUAGCUACUCUACAGACCAGAACAAGGUGGUGUCUGUGUUCUAUAUAGUGGUGAUCCCCAUGUUGAAUCCACUCAUCUAUAGCCUCAGAAAUAAUGAAAUUAAAGAUGCUCUUAAGAGACAUAUAGGCAGGAAAACAUGUUCAUAG